CGACACAGCACACAUCGAGCGGGCACGACAGGAUUUCCUUGUCAAGGCUUGUUUAGGUCGCAUGGCACGAAAAAGGUGCUGCAGUCGAAGGGCAGACUACAGUAGUCGGGGCUACGUGCGUAGCGCCUGCACAUCCGUCAUCGGGAUCAAUGACUUCUUGAAGUAGACACAUCUCACUGUGCAUGAAAGACUUUUAGUAGCAAUGCUGGGGACUGUACAUGAUUAUUGUGUGAGAUCUACCACUACCCUCCGAGAUCCUGAAGGCGAGAGACGGGCGUCGGUGGGAUAACCACUUUUGGGAUCGAUGGGAGAAACAAUGCUGGUGCAUUUAGCGGCUACUGUUAGUUUGAAAAAUAACCUUUGCAGUCUCCUGAAUAGAAGUAAUUCCGGAUAGCGUGGAGCAGAGUCAGUGCCAUGAACAACGAAGAUGAAGCCUUGCAUCAGUUCAUGCAAGAAUGCCAGGAGGAGCUGGUCAACGGUCUAUCACAGGAGCGGAUUGGGGAGCUGCUUGAGUGGCUCAAAACCCGUGAAGUCCUCAAUGCAGUCGAGUGUGAGAUGAUAAAAUCGGCUGGACCCACGUAUUACCAGUCCGAAUCUCUUCUAAAAAUACUGCUGGCCAGGGACACACGCGAACAUUGGAUACCACUCUGGAAUGGCAUAGCUAAACAUGCCCCACCGUUGCACGCUAAGAUCUACCCUACCAUCGGCGCGAAGCUUGGAGAGAAUGCUCUGGCUGGUUUGACUGUACCAAAGGCACAGCCUUCCGUCGCAUCUCGUACCCACUCUUUCAAGAAGCACAGCUCGUCUGGAAGAAGCCACAGUGUCGCUGGUCCACCCGGUGCAGAUCAGGUAUCACCGACACCCAAUAAUGUGGGACCUCAUUCUGUGGGUGCUACAUCCUCUACUGCUAUUGGUGCUAGUGCUGCCAACCUUCCCACCGAGCAAGGCAAUGCAGACUUGCUGCAGCAGAUUGAGCAGCUUACCCAGGAAAGGAAUGCUGCUCGAGCGGAGCGCAAAGAAGCACUCGCUGAGGUGGAGGCCACCACUGCUCGCCGCUACCAACUGGAAGAGCAGAUCACAGCAAUGAAAUAUGGCUCGGAACCACUGAAGAGUGAGCUAAGACUGCUAAGAGAUCAACUGGCCAAGACCAUUGUUGACCGUGAUGAAGCAAUUCAGCAAAAGGACCUCUAUAGGGAUCAAGGAAGAGCGGCCACUGAAGAAAACCAGGCGGUGCAUAAGAUGCUAUCGGGACUGCAACGCAGCCACCAGGAAACUCGAGAGCAGAUGAAGAAACAAAUGGAUUUCUACGAGACAGAACUUGACCGCGGCCGAUCUCGGCUCCAGGACUUUGGUGUUCAAGAGGCGAUGUUAUUACAAGCCCAACAGGACAUCAUCCGACAGAAAGAGAUGCUGGCCCAGCUCAGGCACGAACUGGACAGGUCGAUACCGUAUGAAGUCAAGGACGGCCGCCUGCAGAUCCGUAGCCGUUUGCUAAGCAGUACUGGAGACUCGGGCGUGCACGAAAGAGGUGGAAGCAGUGAUCUGUCUCACUCUGGCGUCUGCGUCUAUCCAUGUGAAAUGGAGAUCACACUCAACGUACAGGAUGUUGAGCCGGGAAUCACGUUUGACACUGGUGUAUUUGUGCAUGGACUGGCCCCUGGCUACAGUGCCGCAAUGGAUGGCCGCGUAGCCGUGGGCGAUCGUCUCAUUGAGAUCAAUGGCGUCUCAACUUCAAACUUGACGACUAUCGGUGAAAUGGUGCGUGGCUGCCGUCGCAAGUUGAACUUGGUCGUACAGCGCUAUAUGCUUGUGCCCAAGCUGUAUUUAUCCAAUCUCCCUCCGCUGCCAUCCUCCACUGUCAUCCCUUUUAGAACUCCAGUGUCGUAUCCAUCACCGGUGGGUGCCUCUAUAGGUGGUGCUGUCUCUCAAGAUGGCUACCCAGUGGACAGAAGCUCACUAGCAGGUAGUGGUAGUGUUGGCCAGCAAUCUCUCUGCUCACACAAUUCUGGUCUCUCCGUCAAGUCUUUCCACUCCAUGCAUGACAAUGGCUUCCGUGGCAACCAUUCCUUGCCAAAUUACUACCAUGCGUCUCACUUACACCCUGCCAAUAACCACCCUGCCAACCACCAGGCCAGCGCUGGCGACCGACAGUUUGCUUUCUUGACAGGACCCGUCGUUGCCGCCAUGGCCAACAAACAGCGAUCGUUCAGCCCGGCUAGAAUGCCGGCAGGAGUAGCAACGCAACCAAUGCCAGGUGGAAGUCCAAACGAUGCACACACUCGUACUGCCAAUCACCCCCUUCAACCAUAUCAAUCUUUGACGACCGUACCUGGUACUACGUCCCAUCAGCCACUGAUAAGACACAUGUCAGCAUCAGACAGUCAACGCCACCAGGAAGUCUUGGCUAAGCCGGUUUUGCUCAACUCGUCAGACGCACCUCACUUCGGCGCGCGGGAUAGUCCGCGCCACCCACUGCAACUGAACCACUACACCAGCGUGCCUGACCUGGGUCCGCACGAGCAGAUACCAACGUAUCACAAACCGCGAAUACGCCACGGUACAAGCACUGGCAUCCCACCUCGCUUCAUUGACCCGCACGCAGCCGCAGCACACAAGCGAAUUGCCCGCAGUACCGAUUCACUGCCACGCGUAAUAUCCAAACCCAGCGAUCCUACUCAGCUGAAUCUGAGAACGGUGUCUCCCAUUCCGCAGCAGCCUGCCCCUCGUCACCGAGAUACUGGUGCUGGUGAAUCCAGUAGUGGGUCAGAAACCAGUGGCAUGGAGAUGGAAAUACCGUUUGUUCGUCCUAUUAAUGGUCCACUGGACAGCAUACCAAGCAGCAGCAGUGUAACAACUGCAUCCACUAGUGUUCUAGGAACGGAGUCUUCGCGGCUGACGGUACGCAAUCCACCGCAAGACAUCACUAUUCCUGCGAUUGAGCUGCUGCACUCCACAGAUGGUGGGAGAAGUACUGUUCCAAUGAAGCCUGAAAUAACAGUGAACGGUGCCAAUCUUACUCAACGUGAGGUCACACCAAUAAAAUUACGCGCUCCUCGGGAAGUGCUCAACAAGCUAACUUCAAGAUACGAGCCCGGUACGAAUAGAAGCGUUGGCUCAUCGAGUAGCAGGGAGGUGAUUCUUAAUCGCAGUUCAGAAGAAUCUACUUUGGAUGGGUUCAGUAUCCGAGGAGGUCGGGGCAACGGUGUCUUUGUCUCUUCGACGCCGGCAUGGAUGUCAGAAGAUGGUCUGGUAGUCGGUGAUCGGAUUGUGUAUAUUGGUGGUGAAAAUGUAGAGAAUGCUACAUUUGAGCACUGCCACUUCCUCAUACAGUGUUCGCUGGUGUACGGCAGCUCCCUGGCCUUCAUUGUCGACCAUGACUUGCCAGGGCUGAGGAAAUUGGCAGAGGGAGCUCGGGACAACUUCUAUGUCAGGUGCGAGUUCAACUAUGCACGCAUGGAGGAAGGCGAGCUGGAGAUCAGCCGUGGAGACAUUCUGCACGUGGUGGACACCAUGCACGAAGACCGCACGGAUUCCUGGUUUGCCUACAAGAUGAAGGGGGCACAGCGUACCACCGUCGCCGGCAUUGUUCCAAGCAAAAACCGGGCCAGUGCGUUGACGAUACGACGUAGGAGCUCACAAGUGUCUCGAGACCUUGACAUGGAUGACCCGCAUCCUCCCUUGCAGCAACGAGGUGCCUCUCCCAAGCCAGCGGUGCGCCGAGGAAGCUUGAAAACCAACUUCAAGCUGAAGAAUCUGUUUUUGAAGCGCAUCCCUAGCGGAGAGGAUCAACUCGCGGUACCACUGCCAUCUACAGCUCCAAUGACAAUGAGAGAUAACAUCCCUAAAGGAUACAGCAAUGUUCAGCUUGUGUCAUUCAAGAGACCUCGUCCGGUGUUGCUUCUGGGAGUGUGUGUGGAGUUCUUUGUCAACCAACUCCUACAAAAUUACCCACAAGUAUUCUUUCGUGCUAAUCCCGAGCUCUUCUCCAGCGGUUUUGCGGUAAAGGCUGGACUAGAGAACCGUUCGAUAUUGAAGUGCAGUCCACCGCUGGAAGACACUGCCGCCAGUAGUAACUGCAGCAGCAGUAUGUCAGCGGGUUAUCAAUGCCUUACCAUGCAGAGUAUCACAGGAGAUGAUCGUCGACAUUGUAUACUGGAGUUCCAGGCUGGCUACAUCGACCUGUUGGAGCAGUGUGAUCUGCAUCCCAUUGUCCUCUUCUUGCAGCCCAAGUCAGAGAGAAAGCUUCGGUUGCUGGCAAUGCAAACAAUGGGAAACGACACGUCAACAGUGGUGUCGCGUGAGAUGUUCGAGACGGCAACGGAUGACCUAGCCAAAUGGAGAUGCAAACUCACAGGGGUCAUCGACGUCGGUACUGGUAUUGAUCGCACGCAGCAGAAAGUGGUGAACCGUGUGCAGGGGUGUCAGCGCGGGCAGAAUUGGAUACCUGUGCGAAGUGCUAUGUGAGAUACAGGCGUGCAGCUAGUCGCCUGACUUGUAUACCUAGUAGUCCCACCCGCAUGCUGUUACAAUAGUUGCCUUUUUUCUCUUUGCCUCCCCCCCCCCCCCCCCCACACACACACCCUCCCACACACACACACACUCCCUUACCCAUUGCAUUGUAGCAACAAGUAAACACAUUACCUAGGAUGUGCUCCUUCACGUUAACUCAGAGUAGACCUGUUGAGAGAAUCAUAGGAUGGUGAUCAAUUCAGGAUUGUGUUGAAAUCAGCUUGACUUGAUCUACUACUAGUAUCAAAAUUACAUUUUCUAUCUACUUCUACUGGCCGUUACGCGCCCGAUUGGUUGAGAGACUCACCUCCUCUCCCCUGACUCACUUGUGAGGUCUGCAUUCGCCACUAAGGUGAACAGGCAUAGUGGUGGCCUGCAGAUGCAAAGGCUAGUUUGUGUGUUUCUGAACAUUCAAGCAAUGCCGACGCGGAUCCCGCGAAUAUUAUAUUAUUAUCUACUUCUUUAUGGUUUUUCAGACUUGGUUGCCCCCCCCCCCCGACCUCUUCCCGUUGAUUGGCAAGGGAUGUGGAGUAAAUCAAUCCGCAAGUAAAAUAUUUCCGACAGUGGGUUUUGUGUUGGUGUGUAACACCCUACUUUCCUGUAUUGCCUAUGCAUAUCCCGUAUGCCCUAGUAGACGUCAUGGCACAAAAGUGCGGAACUAAAACGAAAAGAAGUCGACUCUGCGAAUACACAAAUUCUAUCUACAAUCGUUCGCCGAUCCCUAGCAGAGUUAUGUACUGCUAGUACUUGCUUUUUGUUGAUCUCCUGGGAUAUAUUGUGACAUUCCAGUAUGGCUGUAGCCGGGUGCGUAUCACUUCGCUUUCCCCGUACAAGUAUGUUUGACACUUAGUAGCUUGAUGAGAACAUCAUUUGAGACUGGUAAAGUCAAGUACUGGAAAGUAUUUUCUUCUCUGCUUUCUUUCCCCAUGUAUUAUUAUUCAUGUUAUCAUGUACCUUGAGCAAUUCUUCUUCUCCUUUUAUAUUUUUUAUUUUCUUCAUUUCAAAUUCUAGUAGAUAUCAAAGAUUUCAAAUUCAAUUAGUUUUAUAGUGACAUACAUCCAACUGAAGAGUAUUGGAAGAAAAAUGUCUGUGUUUCAAAAAUCA